GUCUCAGAAAGGCAGAAGAAGAUGAUGUUGUCCAGGGACCUCAGAGCUGAAGCUGCAGUUCGGCUGUGGAUAAUGUUCUUGCUCCUGGAGGAUUUACUGGGCGCUUGUGCAGUGGGUGACUACAAAAGACGAGUGCCUUCUGCCCCCAACACAGACAUCAGGAACACUCUAGAGAAGCCUAGAGUAACCACACAGGAGGUAGCAGGACCCCACACUCUGCGCUAUGACCUCAUGGCCUUGUCUCUGAAGUUGCCUGAGUUGCCCCAGGUCCUGAUCUGGAGAUACUUUGAUGAGGAGCCCUUCCUACACUAUAAUGAAAGCAGCAACAGAACAGACUCCUGGGAACCUAGGAUCAAGAGACAUUGGAGAGCGAUGGCUUGGGCAAGAGAGACUGAGGAUCUGCAGGAAAUGGUGGAGCAACUGGAAAGGAUGCUAGCUGAGGUCACAGGCCAGAAAGGCCAGGAUAAGGGCCUUCACAUCCUUCAGGCAACCCUGGGCUGUGAGCUUCAAAGAAACGGAAGCACUAGAGGCUUCUGGCACCUGGGCUACGACGGGCGGAACCUCCUCACCUUCGACCAGAGGACUCUCACAUGGACGAUGGAUGUGCCCUUCACCCAGCAGAAGACGUUCUGGGAGCCACGUGCACCCAGGGCUGACCUAGUUAAGACGUUCUUGGAUGACACAUGUCCUGCUCAGCUCCAGAGACACCUGGCUUCCUUGAGAAGUGAACCACUUGACACAGGUUCCCCGAUGGUGAUCGUGACCUUCAGGAAUUAUCCACUGGGCAGAGUCACACUGACAUGCCGGGCUUUUAAUCUGUAUCCCCAUGUGGCCACCAGGGGCACCCUGGCCUGGCUUCAGGAUAGGAAGCUGGUAAAGCAGAAAGCCUUUGAACCAGGGACCGUCCUGCCCAGUGGGGACAGGACCUACCAGAUCUGGGUGUCCAUUUGGGUUCUUCCUGGACAGGAACCACAGUUCACCUGUAAUCUGAGUUACCAUGGCGGCAACAUAGAGAAGCGUGCUGUUACUGUGAACAAUGUCUCGGGUGAGAAAACAAGACAACCUUCCAUCUUAGGUGCGGGAGGCAGGGUCAAGAAAAGCCUGUGCACUACAAUGACCACAGCUUUUAUGGUGACCUCCUGGACCAGGAAAACUGGUGGGGACUCCACUCUGCUUCUGCUCUGGUGGCUUCUGUUCUUUUCUACAGCGUUGGCAGUUCUGACCCUCGUCUAGAGCAGCACGAACACCCAAGACAGCAAGAAACCAGGUUACCGAACUCAAUGGGCAAGGACUCCGGCACUUCCUGCAUUCAUUAUGGCUCCUGUACUCCGUAUGAUUCCGAACAACAGAUUCACAACAGAUUCACAACAGAUUCACAUCAGGCUCCUUCCAGAAAAAGGAAGGUUCUCGGGUCUUGUUUUAACUAGCAUGUUUGUAGUAUCACUGUUAUUAGUACCUAAAGCUGCUUCCAUAGCGACCCAACAAGUACAAACUGCCCAUUUUGUUAAUUGGCAGAUGCCAUGCAGGAGUAGCAGCAGUGGUCAAGUGAGCUCCCUGGAGAAGGCCCACCAUCUUGUCCUGCUGAGAUGCGUGUGCUCUGGGGAGGCAUUGCCCCAGAGACUUAGUCCCAGGGUUGUUCUUGCUCCUGAUGUGUUUUCUCAUGGUUGUCAGUACCGUGCUCCUCAUUGAUUUGGCUUGGUGAGAGUGGACUCUGGGAGACCCUCACUCACUGCCUACAGACUGCUGUGGUUGCUUCCUGGUUGCCAGCCACCCUAUUGGGAAAAUGUCCUGCAGAUCAACAUGAAGAUGAGCUUUCGUGAAUUAAUGCCGUUUAGGUGGUUGUUUUGCCAGAAAGAUGUAAUAAAGUUAGAAUCGAGAAUAAAUUGUGCCCCCUCCUCGUAGAAUGGUUAAGUAAGGGCUGCAUAACAAGGAGUACAAUGAGCUUUCAUACAUUGCACUAAGAAGAGAAAUAGGAUUAAGACAGAUUUGUGAUGAAAGAAAAAACCUUCUUUCUAGGUCCAGUCCAAGGAUGAGGUCACAGGUGUGCACUGUGCUAAAGCAAGGCCGUGUGGAACUGUUGCUUUGAACUUAUAACGAGCUUACAGAAUGAAAAGCUGCUUUGAACUUACUAUCCCUUUGGACAACAUCCUUUUGAACUCCCCUUUUAUGUAACAUUUUCUCUAUGAGGUAAUUUUAUAAAUAAUUUUUUAAUCUAAAAAUGUAUAAAAAGGCUAAGAAAAAAGUGUGGCUGUUGAGGCUCUGCCCCAUCCAACAAGUGUGUGUGUGUGUGUGUGUGUGU